AUGUCUCGUCCGGAUCUUCCAGCAAGUCUGAUUGACACCAGUCACGCUGCUCCAUUUCUCGCUCGGCCUGCAACGACUCUAGUCCCAGCCGGAGAAAUCCACCUGGUCCCUGCGCCGGCGGCACCCGCCCCCUUACCCGUCAACCCGCCAACGAGCACUAUAUCUGUAUCACCCCAUCUCGUAACGCCUACUCCGGUAGUCCGGAUCGCCAGUGUGGCACCCACAGCGACUUCGGCCCUUCCUUCCAAGACAACCCUCCCCUCCCCUCCUUGUUCUGCAGGAGUAUCAUGUGCCUCGUUACCCGCGCAGUCCGCCGCUAUAGCAUCACCAACGGCUCAGCAGAGUCAAGGCCCACAACAAUUCUUUGCCAGCUUGAGUUCUAGUCCUGGCGCCAUCUUCUUCACCUGCUUAGCCGGAAUCGCUAUCAUUGGAGUGAUGCUCGCGAUUCUCAGCUGCGCAUUGAGAAGCUGGUGUAAUCGAAGACGCCGGGGCAAUGUUGAUGAGGAUACUUGGCGGUUCCUGGAGGACCCUAAGGAUUUCUCGGCUUCCACAAAGGACGAGGAAGAUGAUCUUUCAGUCAAGAAAUUACACUUCGGAACCGACUCUCAGUCCAGCCUGGCACAUUUGCAACCCACACUAUCAAAGAGCUAUGCUGCUUCGCAUCCGUUUACAUCCCACAUACAGCAACAAACUCGCCAGUCACCUACUCAAUAUCACUUUUCAGGCUUUCCGGCACAGUCAGCACCGACCGUGAAUGGUUUAAUCGACGAACACACCAUCAAUGGUUAUGUUGUCGAGCCUAGCGUCUGCGGGGUUGCUCCUCCUGCUCCGUUCUCACCGAAAUACAAUGGAAUCAUGAUGGCUCCCUGUGGCCCUCCCCAGGAAACAUUUGAAAGCCAUCAGACUGGUUGUACCAUACCUGAGUUAGUUUUUCGGAAAACAUCGCUUGGGGGGAAUUUUUAUAAUCGAGCCACGAUGUACGCCUCGCCGACCCAAGCCCCGGUGACAAUACUUACGCGCCCAGCCUCGGUCAUCACACGCACUAGCACCACCAACUCUAAUCAACAAAAGAAACUUCAUUCAUUGACACGGGAGGCCAGUCUUGCGUGUUCAGAGCAGUCCACCACCGUUGAAGAGCUCCGGGAACGAGUUACAGCACAUCAAACUGAUCUUCGGGCCACCCUCAGAGGCGCUAUUCAGAAGGACAAGAAGGCUGAUGAGGAUUUGCUGGAGUCGUUGAUACUUCUGUGGCACGAUAAGAAUACGGAAGCCCAAAGGGACUCAAUUCGUCUUCAAACUCCGGAGCUCCCCCCAAAAGAUCACCUUUAG